AUGGAUAGCAAAUGGACUCAAAAUCAUGGAUCUCAAUCCCGAAAUCUGAAGCCCAAUACACCCAAUGCAAAGCCUAAAAAUAAUACUCUCAAGCCUGAGGCAGUCGGAUACUUCAACCCUUCCCUCAAGGACCCUCAUAAUACUGGUAUCAUCGCCGUAGGAAAGUACACAGUCUUCACAAACAUCUUUCCAUUCACCGAUCGCCUAAGACAGCUCGCUGUUUCCCAUGGAGAAGGCAGUGUCAAGGCAGUAUGGGCAAAUUGUCUUCAGGAGACAGCUUUGGCGUGGUACUCUACGGAACUCACGGAUAUGGAGAAAGAUGCUCUCCAGAAGUUGAGUUUGGAUUGGGUUAUCCAACAACUCAUCAAGGCGUUUCGCAAGUCACCUAGCGAGGCAUUGCGUAGUCUAAAAUCAGCCUUAUUUACCCUACUUGACCUGAAGAGAGGCAAGGGACUGAGGCCUUUUGUUUAUGGUAUCAUUCAAGACGCAAGAGCAUGUGACUUACCGCCCAAGAUCCAGUUGCUAUAUGCCUUCGAGGCUUUCGACGUUGAGAUCCAGUCACUGCUAUCAAAGCCUACAGAUAGCACUACCCUUGGAGCGUUCUUCAAACAGCUUGAUGACAGGGAGAGUGUUCUUCUAGCAAAGGCUAGACAGUUACCUAUAUCCCAGGAUCUCCAGCACCAAGAAGGUUAUUCCUGGCCCCAACGGACUCCCUCCAACCAAGCAUCUAACCAAAAUCUCUCUCGGCCUUCUGUCCAUAUUAACCUGAAUCAAAAUUACAAUUCUGGGAUACAAGGACGUCUACAUCAAGGUCGAACCCCACGCCCGGGCCGCAGUUCCGGUAAUAAUGGGCUGGAGCCGAGAAACUAUGCUGCGUCCCCCAGAUGCUCACAGUUCCGAGGUACGCAGACCGGUCUAGAUGACCCCUUCGUAGAUCCCCGUUAUCAAGACGCUUUAUGGGAAGCUAUGGAUAAUCUGCAGAGAUUUGGAUUCGAAGACUUUGGGAUUUUCCGAGCCGAGUUCACGGAAGCUAGCAUAACAUAUAGAACCGCUUCGAAUGCCUUCGGAAAUUCUCAAACCCGAAAUGACUUCCACACGCUGGAAUACGGCACAGAGACUAAUCGUGUAGAACAUUCGCUAUGCAACGUUUAUGGUACAUUAACAAGAUCGAUCGCCCAUUAUCAUGGCGAAUAUUUAAAAAUAACUGCCCCCUUUCAAGGAAUGCCAUACAGCAACACGUCUCAGAUCUCAGAGUCAGACCGCUUAGUUACUGAGCUAGAUUCCCUAGACUUGGGUUCAUUAGAAGCUAAAUCGGAUUCUCCGUUCGAAGGUGGAUCCCUUCCAAACUAUCCCAACCCUUCGGGCGAGUUCCAAGACCACGGAUAUUAUGAGCAUAGGGGCUACAGCGAGCAAGAUAAUCGUGAAGAGUAUGAUACUCAAAGUGACAACGAUGACCAUGACAACCAUAAUGAUUAUUAUGACCAUGAUAGCUACGAUGACUACGACAGUUACGAUGAUUACGACAACUACGACGACCAUGAUGAUUACGACAACUAUGAUGACGGUGGCGGCUAUGAUGAUUAUGACGAUUAUUAG